AUGGGCCGGUCACAGCAGACGGCCCCGAGAGUCUGGGUAGCGGGUGCAGCGCGUGCAGCUGAGCACUCGCAGCGCCAAUCACGGACCCGCGACGGGCAGCCGGUGCAGGGACCGGAGGGGGACCCAGCCACGAAGAGGCACCAUCCAGCGCCAGCGCCGGCGUCAGCGUGUGCCAGUGAGCCAGUGGCAGCGGCGGGUUCGAGUUCCAGCGGUUAG